AUGCCUCCUAUAGAACCCGGUUCACAAGUGUUGGUGACAGGCGGCAAUGGCUUCAUCGCCGCGCACUGCAUCGCAACAUUACUGCGCUCCAACCAUCGCGUUCGAGCGACCGUGCGCUCCACCGAAAAAGCAGAAAUGACUCACGAUUCACUUUCCGCCGCGGGCGUCGAGAAUAUAUCUCAACUGGAAUUUGCAAUUGUGUCGGAUCCAACUGACUUGACAAAAUUCUCUGCGACACUUGAGGGUUGCCAUGCUGUUGUGCAUUUGGCCUCGGCAUUCACAUACGAUGCUUCUCCAGGCGAGUUUGAGGAGAAAUUGAUGAUUCCCGCUGUCAAGGGCACCCAAAUUGUUUGCGAAGCGGCAAAGUCUCAUCCAUCUAUCCGAAGAGUCGUCAUCAUGUCCAGCUUUGCGAGUGUGUACGAUGCCUCUCUGGGUCUUCAACCGGGAACGGUCUACACCGAGAAGGACUGGUGCCCCUUGACCUAUGAGGAUGGCGUGAAUGCCGCUGCAGUGCCUAUUGCAUACCGUGCCUCCAAAGUUGUAGCUGAGCGUGCAGCUUGGGAUUAUGUCCGGGACAACGAAGUACAGUACCAACUGAUGACUCUUUGCCCAGGGAUGGUAUUCGGGAAGAUGAUUCAUCCGAUUUCGAGUCUCUCCCAAUUGAACGUUAGCAACCAAAUUGUGUGGCAGGUACUCAAUGCCGGGAGGGACGGGGAAAUUCCACCUACCAAAGCGCCAGUUUGGAUUGAUGUCGAGGAUUUGGCAGAGACCACUCUUCGAACUCUGACAUACUCUGGGACUGGACACGAUAGGUUUCUUGCCACCGAGGGAUCAUACGAUACACAGGAGAUUGCGGACAUCAUCCGCUCACUACUCCCCGAGACGCAACGUGUUCCUCUCGGAGAGCCGGGUAAAAGGAUUGCGGACACGCAUUACUCUUGUGAUUCAUCCAAGGCACAACAGGUACUUGGUAUGAAUUUCAGAACCCUGGAGGAGUCAGUUGUUCCAUUAGCUCGACAGCUGUAUGCUAUGGAGAAGAAUUGA